CUAGCGAUUACUCAAAAAUGCCAAAUGAGUGGUUGUGUGUCUUGUAAUCAGAUUGAUAGAAAAAAUGGCAAAAACUUACGAUUAUUUAUUUAAAUUACUUCUUAUAGGUGAUUCUGGUGUAGGAAAAACGUCUAUUUUAUUUAGAUUUUCUGAAGAUGCAUUCAAUAUCUCAUUUAUAUCAACCAUCGGUAUUGACUUUAAAAUUCGAACAAUAGACCUCGACGGUAAAAAAGUAAAGUUACAAAUAUGGGAUACGGCGGGUCAAGAAAGAUUCCGUACGAUAACAACGGCUUACUAUAGAGGAUCUAUGGGCAUAAUGCUUGUUUAUGAUGUUACAAACGAAAAAAGUUUUGAAAAUAUAAAAAAUUGGAUUAGAAAUAUUGAAGAAAAUGCAAGUGCUGAUGUGGAAAAAAUGAUUCUUGGUAAUAAAUGCGACUUGGAUGCAAAGAGACAGGUAUCAAAAGAAAGAGGUGAACAAUUAGCAGUAGAAUAUCAGAUUAAAUUUGUAGAAACAUCUGCGAAAGACUCGUUAAAUGUUGAGUUUGCAUUCUAUACAUUAGCAAGAGACAUCAAGGCAAAGAUGGAGAAAAAACAGGAGGCGAGUAAUCCGCCAGGUGGCAGGACCGGCGCGCAUCAGCUGAGAGCGAACGAGCAGCAACGCAAGCCCACGUCGUGGCUGUCGCGCUGCUCCGUCCUCUGACGACGCCCCGCCGCCCCCGCACACCCGCGCCAUGUACUCAUCUACUAAGGGAGCGUGGGUAGUCAGCCCACCACUAUAUUUUUCGACCUACACUUUUAACUGGUGCAACUCCGAGAGGGUAUAUCAGACUUGCUUUUGUAUUUUUAUAUCCGAUUAUUUCGUUCAGGUGUUAUCAAAUUGCGACAAUCAUUUGCUUUACGGAAACUUCGAGUGAUAUUCGAAUGCAAUAGACUCACUUAUUCUUGACACCUAUUAAAUUGUGUGGCUCGUUAAAUUUUCAUUUGGAAUGUUUAUGUGACUGCUUUUGUAAAUUUCAAAAUCAAUAUUUCUCGUGGUUAUAAUUUCUGUAAAAUAAAUCUACUUUAAUGUGACAAUUACUUUAUUAGGGCGAAAUUAUUUGGUAUUACGCUGUAAUGCAAAAUGGUUUAAAGGAUAUUAUUUCAAUAGAUUAUUAGCUGUAUUUUUCUUUUGCUAUUUUAAUUAAGAAAUAUAUAUUUUAAUGUAACAUAUACUACAUAUUUAAUUUGAAUAAACAGUGCUUUUUUUUAAACAAA